CUUCUCCUUCUUCUUCUCCUUCUUCUUCUCCUUCUUCUUCUCGUCAUACACUUUCAACCAAGUGGAUACUUUUCUGUUUCGCAGACUCGAAAAUAACCAGCAAUGUUCAGACAAGUUAGAGGUUUUGCCUCCACCGCCGCCCGUCGCUCGUACGCCGACACCAUCAAGAACCUCAAGAUCAACAAGGACACCAAGGUUAUUUACCAAGGUUUCACCGGUAAGCAGGCCACCUUCCACGCGCAGAAUGCCAUUGACUACGGCACCCAGGUUGUCGGUGGUACCAACCCAAAGAAGGCCGGCACCACACACCUGGACCGCCCAGUGUUCGGCUCUGUCCGUGAGGCCAUUGAGCAGACCGGUGCCACGGCCACCGGUAUCUUUGUCCCACCUUCCAUCGCUGCUAAGGCCAUUGAGGAGGCUAUCGAGGCCGAGAUCUCGCUUGCCGUCGCCAUCUCCGAAGGUAUUCCACAGCACGACAUGUUGCGUAUCGCCAACAUAUUGAAGACCCAGUCCAAGACCAGAUUGGUUGGUCCAAACUGUCCAGGUAUCAUUGCUCCAGAGCAGUGUAAGAUUGGUAUCAUGCCUCAAAGCAUCCACAAGAGAGGUAAGAUUGGUAUUGUCUCCAGAUCCGGUACCUUGACCUACGAGGCUGUUGACCAGACCACGAAGGCCGGAUUGGGCCAAUCCUUGGUUAUCGGUAUUGGUGGUGAUCCAUUCCCAGGUACCAACUUCAUCGACGCCUUGACUUUGUUCUUGAACGACCCAGAGACCGAGGGUAUCAUCAUGAUUGGUGAGAUUGGUGGUUCUGCUGAGGAGGAGGCUGCUGAGUUCCUCAAGCAGCACAACUUGACCAGAGAGGUUCCAAAGCCAGUUGUCUCCUUCAUUGCCGGUGUCUCUUCUCCUCCAGGUAGACGUAUGGGUCACGCUGGUGCCAUCGUUGCCGGUGGUAAGGGUGGUGCUCAAGACAAGAUUAGAGCCUUGGAGGCUGCUAACGUUGUUGUCCAACCAUCCCCAGCUAGAUUGGGUCAAGGUUUGUUGGACCAAUUCAACGCCAGAAAGUAAAUAUUCUCGUGAUAGCAGCGUGUGCUUUGUGUGCUCUUUUGCUUUAAGAAUGCCCCUUCAUUUGACAUGAACUCAUAUAUUCCUGUUUUGCUUUGACAAUGCCUUUCUAUAUAUAUCCUUUGACAGAAAUUGAAAUGAAGAGGUGCAGAGGGAGAGAGAACCAAACGACUCGUGCUGCAAUUUUUUUAAAUAUGAACAAAAGAUAA